AUGUCGAACCAGAACAACUCAAACUUAACUACCCCAAGUCAGGGGAACUCCACUAACGUCUCCAGACAUGCCUCCAUCGUGGAGAUGCUGUCCACUCCACCUUCGGUCCAGCCAAUAGGAACUACUGGAUCUUCCAACGCAGCCGGUGUUGGAGCUAACGUAGGUGGUGGUGGUCCAACGAUCAACUUCCAAAACUACUCAAUGGGUGGUAAUGGUGUCGAUGAACAAGUCGUUGAAGAAGAAGACGAUGAGGCUAUGGAUGAGGCUGUGCCGUUAGAGAAGACUACUUCUCAAAAGACCUCUCAGACUAUAACGACUGAACAUAAUCAACAAUGGCAAUUCAUCAAAUUAUCUCAAUUAAUUGAACCUAAGAAAUUGAUCUUCAUCCCUGCUUCAGCUUCUGUAGAAGAAUCUUUUAACACUUUGGUAAAACACCAUUUGAAUUCUAUCCCUGUAGAGACGGUUCCAGGGGAUAUGAAUUGUUUAACUUUUGAUUAUAACGAUUUAAACUCAUAUCUGUUACUCGUCCUAAAUAAAAUUACCAUUGAAAAUAAACAGAUCAUGGAAGAUUGUCAAAAUGGGAAACCUGUCCCAGUAGGUGAAAUUGUUAAAUUGACUCCAAAGAACCCCUUCAUUAAAAUUGCAGAAGAUGAAACUUUAUCUGCAGUAAUGGGUAUCCUGGGUUCAGGGGUACAUCGUGUAGCAAUCACCAAUAAUGAAAUGACAAAAGUGAAAGGUAUUUUGUCCCAACGUCGUUUAAUUAAAUAUCUUUGGGAUAAUGCAAGAAAAUUCCGUAAUUUGGAAUCUUUAUUUAAUUAUACUUUACAAGAUUUGAAAAUUGGUGUCUUGAAUUCAAAUGCAAAACCAACCUCUAGACAAUCCCGUGUCAUUUCAAUCAAUGGUGAAGAACCUUUGAUCAUGGGUCUAUACAAGAUGUUCAUGGAAAGAAUCUCAUCUAUUGCAGUCGUUGAUAAUCAAUACAAUUUGAUCGGUAAUAUCAGUGUCACAGAUGUCAAACAUGUUACCAGAACCUCACAGUAUCCAUUAUUACACAAGACUUGUCGUCAUUUCAUCUCUAUUAUCCUAAACUCAAGAGGUUUAGAGACAGGUAAGGAUUCUUUCCCAAUUUUCCAUGUCUAUCCAAAUUCCUCUUUAGCAAGAACUUUAGCAAAAUUAGUUGCAACAAGAUCUCAUAGAUUAUGGAUUGUUCAACCACCAGAGUCUGCACAAAAUUCUAACAUGUCAGUUUCAUCAUCUCAGGAUUCUCAACAACAACAACCUGGCGGUCCUCAAAUCGGAGAUAGCUCUGGUCCUCAGACACAUCACAACUCACAUACUCAUUCUCAUCCACAUUCACAUGGAUCCAAUGCUAAUAAAUCACCUUCACCACUAUUGACCGCAGUAGAUGAUCCAAUUGCGCCAUCAAUUCCACAAUCAGGAGUAGCAGCCUCGGCUGCUGCUGCUGCUACUUCGUCACCUAACCUGUUCGAAAAAGAAUACCGUACCGGUAAGCUUAUCGGCGUUGUAUCAUUAACUGACAUCAUCAGUCUAUUUGCAAGAAGACAAACCGAAUUCACUCAAGUAGAUCCGCAGACAGCAAGAAGACAAAGAGGUAGUAUUGUGUAA